GCGAAAACACUUAUAUUUAAUUAAAAGAAAAAGAUAGAAAAUCAAUUUCUAAAGAUUUCAGAAAGGCAUGGAUAAAACGGAAGCAUCCUUUGUAAUGACGCCGUUAUAACGUAUGAAUUUGAUGGCUCGCGAGGACAUCGCAUCUGUCACCGAUCUGUGUCGAUGCGCGAGGCCACUUAAAGCGUCCUGCUUCCGGAUCCAUCAGCAGCACCGAGAUGUUUGGCUUUCAUAAGCCGAAGAUGUACCGUAGCCUCGAUGGAUGUUGCAUCUGCAGGGCAAAAUCCUCCAGCUCUCGGUUCACUGACAGCAAACGCUACGAGAGAGAGUUCCAGAGCUGUUUUGGUUUGGGCGAGACUCGCUCAGGUGAAAUCUGCAAUGCUUGUGUCCUGCUGGUAAAACGCUGGAAGAAGCUUCCUGUCGGUUCCAAAAAGAACUGGAAUCAUGUGGUUGAUGCACGAGGGGGACCCAGCUUGAAAACUACAGUGAAAUCAAAGAAAAUCAAAUCUCUGUCCAGACGGAUCAGGCCAAACCAGAUCAGCCGGCUUCAGAAAGAUCUAAAAAGACACAAUUCUGACGCUCACAGCACCACCUCCAGUGCCAGCCCAGCCCAGUCGCCAAGCUACAGUAACCAAUCAGAUGAAGGCUCUGACUCGGAGUUGGCUCCUGGUUCCACCCGCUCACCAGUUUUUUCCUUCUUGGACCUGACAUACUGGAAAAGGCAGCGGGUAUGCUGUGGCAUCAUCUACAAAGGUCGCUUUGGGGAGGUGCUCAUUGACCCUCAUCUCUACAAGCCCUGCUGUCAAAAGAAACAGGAGCAAGAGCAGGAGGAAGAGGAAGAGGAGGAGGAGGAGGAGGAAGACGACAAGGGCGACAUUGAAGUGGUGGAAGUGCAGAGCAGUCAAGAAAUUAUUUCUUCCACUCAACCACAGUCACAUUUGUCUUCCCAUAUCAAAAUGGAGCAAGAAGUGGAUAAGGAGUGGUGAUGAUGAUGAUGUCACAUUCCUAGGGUACUCACUUGGCAUUCUUUGGAAGCCUAGAGAGUCAGAGGCAUAAUUUUGCCCUCAGACGCUCUCAAAGACAUUCUCUCAGAUUGCCUUCAAUUCAAGAGCAGCUGGAUCCUUGUUUGUCUUUUCUUUCUUUUAUGUUAAGAAUGUGUCUUUCUUUCAGUUCCUUUGCUGUUGAAUCAGCUUACUGUUGUUUUAUUUAUCAAACUGAACUGGUGUCCCUAUUUUUCAGAGCCUGGUGCCACGCAAUUCCAAGUCUCCAGUUCAAUAAGGAUUGUGUCUGCACAUUUUUCAUAGAUCAGGGAAAACGGGUUUCCUUUUGUCCUUUUUGCAACUGAAACAGAAUGCUGGAUCUACACGGGCGACUCUCUGCAGUUAGUGUACAUUAUUUAGUGUACUGCUAAUUUCUAGAAAAAUUUAAAUAGUAAUAUGUUUUACCGUUUUGCUGGGACAGAGCCAUACUAUUAUAGGGAAGUAUUUGAUCCUUGCUUUGCCUUUUAUAUAUGGAUAUUUAUUUAAAAUAUCUAUAAAUUGCAAUGGCCUCCCCUUUUAAAUUUUUCUAUUGGUUUUGACCAUUCAAAGCUUUAAGCUAAACGCAGGUUGUCUGUAUUCAGCCAGCUAGUUAAAGGAAUAGUUCACCCAAAAAUUUUAUUUCUCUCAUCAUUCGCUCUCCCUCUUGCCAUCCCAGAUGUGUAUGACUUUCUUUCUUCUGCAGAACACAAAUUAAGAUUUUUAGAAGAAAAUUCCUGCUCUGUAGGUCCACACAUUGUGAAUGGUGAGAAACACUGGUGUGAAACAUUGUGAAAGUGAAUGGCGGCCAAAACUUUGAAGCUCCAAAAAGCACAUAAAGGCAGCUGUGAUAUUUUAUGUUCGUGGGAAAUAAAGGAGUCAGGAGUGGACGAAACAGGUUCAAGGUCAGUCUCUUUACUUGUUUGUUCAGGCACACAAUUGACAGUAACCAUCGAUAACAUAAAACACUUGCAGGCAAAUUAAGCACUCUUAAAUAUUAAACACUCUCGGUUCGGCUGUCGUGCUUUCUGAUCACACUCUCUCACUCUGAUGCUCUGGCAUCAGGCCUUAUCAGGUCUCCCUCUACCAUCACUAUAAUGAGAGACAGGUGUUAGAGUAAUUACAACCCAUGUGACAAGCCUUACCACUUUCCCUCUUCCACAGACACAUGACCAAGCCCCCAUGCCACAGCAGCAUAACAGUGACUCCAGUGGUUAAAAUUCAUAGCUUUAGAAGGGAUAUGGUAUGUGUGGGAGAAAAACAUGUCAAUAUUUAUGUUUUUUUUUUUUUUAACCAUAAAUCUCCACCUUUGACCAGCCCUGACCAGUACGUGACGAAAUGUACUAAGAAUGUGAAUCAGCAAAAGAACAAUGUGGAGGUGAAAGUGGAGAUUUAUAGUAAAAAAGGACUUAAAUAUUGAUCUGUUUCUCACGCACACCUAUUAUAAUACUUCUGAAGACAUGCAUUUAACCACUGGAGUCACUGGAUUAAUUUUGUGCUGCUUUUAUAUGCUUUUUGGACCUUCAAAGUUCAGUUCAAUUCAGUUCCUACAGAGCUGAGCUAUUCUUCUAAAAAUCUUUGUUUGUGUUCAACAGAUGAUAGAAAGUCAUAGGAUGGCAUGAGGGUGAUUGAAUGAUGUUAGAAUUUUCCUUUAUGGGUGAACUAUCCCUUUAAACUCAACUCGUUUAUUGUUUUACUACUUUUUCCAUACAGCAUUUCUGAGGUGCUGAGGAGGACUGGGCAUGGCCAACCAAAAAUUAUACCUGGCUAUCAACACUCUUGUAUUCAAUGUACUAAUCUAAAUAUUCAGAACUGUAGAUUUGACUAAAGGUCUUUAGACAAGAUCAGUGUCAAGCAUGAACGCUAAGGAAACUAUUGUCUUCUGCAUGAAGACAUGCAGAAAAAUCUGCAUGAAUUUUGCAUGGCCUUUUAAGAAAUUCAAGAUUAUUAUUAAAAACUAUUUCUUUAACAUUUUUCUUUGCAACCAUUUUGCAACAUUAAUACUUUGGGCAAAUUUUGACAGUCCCAAUAUAUAUUUUUGUAGAUUAAUAAAAUAAAAUAAAAAAUAUAAAAAUCAAGAGUUUGAUUGCAAUGUGACAUUUUUAGAUGUCAGUGUUGUUAAAAUAAUUACAGGGAGUCUUCAGGUUUUUUAGAAUUGGAUAUUUUCAAUAUUGUCUCAUUCAAAGCCAAAAAGCCCUUUUGUGCUAUAUAUUUAUUGUCAACUUGUAAACGUGUUCAUAUACCUCCUCUAUCUCUCUGCCUUUGUAAAUACAGUGCAUUCUCAUUUACAGAUACUACUUCACAUUUUUGUGUCAUACAAUUUUUGAACACAUUGUCUGAUCAUUUUGGUCAUUGUUGUUCUUUUUCUUUGUUUGAUUUGAUGUGUAUGUUAUUUGUUUAUGCUUUACUUUUUUCUUCAGGGAAAACAUACGAUAGUAUAAUUUUUUAUGCUAUUUUUAUUGGAAUACUGAAAGACAAAACCAAUGUUACUAAUGCAACCAAUGUAGGGUUAUACAUUUUUUUUUAUCAAUUACCUGUCUGUAAUAAGCUGUUAUAUACACGCAAGUAGUAUUCAUACUAUAUAUCCAGGGUUUCCCCCUUUGGUCCAAUAGAUCUGUCCUGAUUUCUUUUUUUAGUGGAUUAUUUGUUUUAUUUUUCUAUAAUGGCCUUGGCUGUCUUAGAUUUAUAAAUUCUGCUGACUUACACAUAUUUCUGUUUAAUUUCAGGGGAUGGCACUAUUGAGCUCACACAGAAACACUCAAUUGCACAAUCAUUUUUUAAUUCUGCUCCGUUUUUAAAAUGGUAUUUGAUGGUGGCAGCUUGUGGCAUCAGCGUGAAUAUGCCAUGUCACUAAAUGACAUGAACAGUGUCUUUUGGUAACAUCUGUUUAAGUGAAGCUUGUACUCUUAGGCACUUAAAUGGGGAUUCAUAUCAUGUAAUCUAUAUGAUUGCAUGUAACGGCAUUAAAUGUAAAUAGUCUAAGAUGUGCAAGACUGAACGGUUAUAAGUACUCUUUUGUCUUAUUUAUUUCAUAUUUAUUUGCAAUACUUGACUUGUGGUCUUUUCUUUUUAAGUCUCAUCAGUUUUUGUCAGAAGACUGACCUGUCCUAACACACUGCAAUAUGGACUGAAAAUGCUUUUACACAAAUGUCACAGAUGGUAGGCCAGGACUCACUAAAUGUUGUGGAGAACUUCAGGACUAUAUUUUUGUUGGAGUUUUUUUAAUGCCCAGAUGCUCAUAUGAUAUCCUUUUAGACUAGGCAUUUAGUUUUAGUGCUACAGGCAUGUUUGGUAGCUAUGCACUUUGUAUUUACAUUACUAGAAAUAUAUGAAGCAAGUUUUGUAUUUUUUUUUUUUUUUACAUAUUGUACUUUUUACUUGUUCCUCAAUAAAUGUAGCAUGUUAUGGUUACACUUGUUAAUUGCAGUGGUGUACUAGAUAGU